CUGGCGGCAGGGACAGGAAUCCAAACAACACACGCUGCAGCGAAAGCUCCACUCCUGACCUUCAGCGGCUACUGCAAGCUUUUGGAGCCACUGAGUAACACUGGAGCGAAAUGUAGACGGAGAGAGCGCCGAAAUUGUUCCUCAUUGCAGCUUCAAGGAGAAAGGAAGAAAGGAGUGAUUUGAUUCUGACAGAAAGGGAAGGCGGGAGUCUAGCCUCGCUCGCAAUGUCUUCUCGCACGGGACUGCGCAUGCAGCUAAUGCGGGAGCAGCUGCAGCAGGAGGAGCAGCGGGAGAGAGAGCAGCAGCAGCAGGCAGCCUUGCAUUACAUGCAGCAGCGCAUGGCAGUUACUGCCACACCUGCCAUCAACGUCAGCAACACUGCAACCUACCAGCCCAGGCCGCAAGUUCCUAUGGAAGUUCUAAAGGUCGAGACUCACUUGGAGAAUCCCACAAAGUAUCAUAUCCAGCAAUCACAGAGGCAGCAGGUGAAGCAGUAUCUCUCCACUACGUUAGGCAACAAGUUUGCUGCUCAACCCCUGUCGAUGGGACACUCGCACCCUGUACAGCCUUCGGCUGUCUCCCCUGGUCUGAGAAAUGAUCGUGUGAUGUCCAGCUCUACUGGAAACAGUGCUCCCAACAGCCCAAUGGCCAUGCUCAACAUUGGCUCCAAUCCAGGACGAGAGAUAGAUGAUGUGAUCGAUGAUAUAAUUAGUCUUGAAUCCAGCUACAAUGAUGACAUUCUGGGAUUCACUGACCCCGCUCUUCAGGCACCAAACACUUUGCCACUUUCCACUAGUCAUUUGGAGGUUUACACAAACCAUGGCAUUGCAGCACCCACAAGUACUUCAUGUCCGGCCAAUAUCACCAUCAAACGGGAAAUGUCAGAUGCAGAAGCACGGGCUUUGGCUAAAGAGCGACAGAAGAAAGAUAAUCACAACCUGAUUGAACGCAGGCGAAGGUUUAACAUCAAUGAUCGAAUAAAAGAGUUGGGAAUGCUUAUCCCCAAAUCCAACGAUCUUGACGUUCGCUGGAACAAGGGGACGAUAUUGAAAGCCUCUGUGGAGUACAUCAAAAGGCUCCAGAAAGAGCAGCAAAGAACCAGGGAGAUGGAGGGUCAAUCGAAGAGGCUGGAGAUAACCAACAGCCACCUCCGCUUUCGCAUUCAGGAACUGGAGAUGCAAGCACAAGCCCAUGGACUAUCCACAGUCUCGCCCUCGGGGUUAAACACGUCAGAGCUCACCAGUUCCUCCUCCCUCAAACCGGAGGAGAAUGUCAUGGACAUGUUUCAACGCCAGCGGCCACAACAUCUGCAACCUCCUCAAAGCCAGCUGGACUUUCCUCAGGCCCUCGACUUCUGUGACAGCUCGCUGGGUUUCACCGACCCCAUGAACCAAUUCGCUGACCUCUCCUUCAGCAUUCCCGCCAAAAAGGAAUACCAGCUGGACGAGAUGCUGAUGAUGGACAAUGCAAUCUCUCCCUUGGGGAGAGACCCCUUACUCUCCUCAGGGUCACCAGAGGCAUCGAAAGCCAGCAGCCGAAGGAGCAGCAUUAGCAUAGAUGAUGCUGAUAUUCUGUGACACACACACACACACUUACACACACACACACACACACGCACUUACACUCAUGCUCACAGACACAUUCUCACACUCAGACACAUACAUAC